ACUCAUUAUUAGUUUUUAUUGCAAAUCAGGGAGCGAUCUUCGCCCUCAAAUUCAGUGUUAAUCAUUUAGCCCUCGUAACGCAGUAACAGAGCGGUAAGACAUUUGUAGGCUACUCGCUCAUCAUGUGGUUGGCUUACCAGUAUGGGUGAUAAACAGUCCGAAGAAGUAUCCAGAGACACAAGCAACGAAGACGAGGAACGGGAAUGACCACGACUAUGGGGAAAUUCGACAUGAAGAUACUUUUCAACUGGCAGCUAGCCAAGACGCUAGCCAUGGGCCAAGGCCUGGCUCUGCUCAUCUGUGGGACGGCCAUCUCGUCUCAGUACCUGGCAUCAGACUACCACGUCAACACACCCAUGCUGCAGAGCCUGCUGAACUACGCCCUGCUGUGUAUCACCUACACCCCCAUGCUCUUCUUCAGGACAGGGGAGGGUAACAUGCUGCGUAUCCUGAAGCGCCGGGGCUGGAAGUACCUCCUGAUGGGCCUGGUGGAUGUGGAGGCCAACUACACUGUGGUGAAGGCCUACCAGUACACCACGCUCACCAGCAUCCAGCUCCUGGACUGCUUCAUCAUCCCCGUCCUGAUGGUGCUAUCCUGGUGGGUCCUGAAGACCCGGUACCGGCCGGUCCACUACGUGGCUGUGGUCGUCUGCCUGCUGGGGGUGGGCGCCAUGGUGGGGGCUGACCUGCUGGCCGGACGGGACCAGGGAUCCACCAGUAACAUCCUGCUGGGCGACGGCCUGGUGCUGGUGAGCGCCACACUGUACGCCGUCUCCAACGUGUGCCAGGAGUACACGGUGAAGAACCUCAGCCGGGUGGAGUUCCUGGGAAUGCUGGGCCUCUUCGGGACCAUCUUCAGUACCAUACAGAUGGUCAUUCUGGAACGACAUGAAUUGCCAAAGAUCCAGUGGAGCUGGCAAAUAGGCCUGCUGUUUGGAGCCUACGGCACGUGUAUGUACGCGCUGUACAGCUGCAUGCCCGUGGUGGUGAAGCUGACCAGCGCCACCUCCGUCAAUCUCUCCCUGCUCACCGCCGACCUCUUCAGCCUCUUCUGUGGCCUCUUCCUCUUCCACUACAGUUUCUCGCCUCUCUACCUCAUCGCGCUGGUGGUCAUUCUGUUCGGCUUCAUCACCUUCAACGCCGUGCCCCUUCCCACCAGCACCCCCUCCCCUCCCUCCCCCAUCACCGAGGACGAUGGCUGCUAUGACAACCACGCCAUUAACUUGAACGAGGACGUCAUUGACAAACAGGAUGUUGUUGCUACUAUUGUCAUCCCCACAGAGGAAGGACAGGGGGAGGGUGACCAGGACACCAGAUCCAAAAUGGACACCAGGACUCGUAUCCCAGACCGUGGAUAUGGGAGCUUUUCUCAUGUUUUGUGCAGCACUAAAAUGUGAGACGGACCCCAGCAGACAGUGGAGCGGAGUGCCAUGGAGACGUUGCUGGGCUGAAGGGCUUUGGAGAACUGGUCUUCCAAAUGGAUAAAAUCAAGAAAUCCAAACGGAGCCUUGUCACUUUGCUAGUUCUGAGGUUUUUGUCUUUUAAUUUAGGGUUUUAAAUCUGGGUCUGCUUGGCCAAAGAAAAUGUUCUUAAAUCCAAUUUCAGACUUUUUAGAAUAUGUUUUAGAAUAUGAAUGUCCAAUGAUGCAUUUGUUGGAUCACUUUUUCCAUCUUCUAUGAGGAUAUCCCAACACAUUACUUUUUUUUUUAAGUUUUAGGUAGAAUUGUAUUUAUUUUGUUUUUAAAUGAAGUGUUAAUGCUGUGAAAGCACUUUUAACCUUUGACGGUUUUUCCCAGAUAAAUUAUUCCAGCUAAACAACAAACUAAUGUAUUUUCUUAUUUCCUUGAAACUACCUCAUACAUUGAUUGGGAUGAACUGAUUAAAAAAAAAAAGAAACCAAUAUAUAUUUUAGUUUUUUGUCGACAUUAAAAUACAUUACAGUGCACUUGGAACCAAAAUAAAAGUAAAAUAUAUC